AUGGUGGCGGCGAGGCAGCAGCAGCGGCGUUGGUACGGGGUGCCGGUGCUGCUGGCGCUGUACUUGGGUUAUGUGGGGCUGGGCGCCGGCGUGCUGCAGGCGCUGGAGCGGCCCGCCGAGAUGCAGGUGGCCCAGCACCUUCUCCAGGAGCACUGGAAGCUGCUCGCCAACUACACCUGCCUGCAGGGCCCCGCGCUCCAGCGGCUCUUCCAGGGUAUCAUCCAAGCCUACAAGAGUGGCAUAACCCUCCAGGGAAACACCACCAGCCUGGGCAGGUGGGACUUCAGUGGGUCUUUCUUCUUCUCCAUAUCUGCAAUAACAACCAUAGGCUAUGGGAACCUGAGCCCCAGCACUGCAGCUGGUCGAAUCUUCUGCAUUGUGUUUGCACUCUUUGGGAUCCCCCUGAACCUUGUGCUCCUGAAUGAAAUUGGGCAGCUGAUGCUGUUAGGGGUUCAGCAUUGUGCCCAUCGCCUAGAGGAAUUGUUUCACUGGCAGAAAAAAGCUUCCCUCCUGAUUAAGACCUGUGCGCUGGUAACUGGCUUGUUACUGUUCCUUCUGCUGCCUCCCUUGCUGUUCUCUGAGAAAGAAGGCUGGUCUUACGAAGAAGGCUUCUACUAUUCCUUCAUUACUCUCAGUACUAUAGGGUUUGGAGAUUAUGUGAUUGGGAUGAACCCAGAUCGCACCUAUCCAGGCUGGUACAAGAACAUAAUCUCUCUGUGGAUCCCUUUUGGGAUGGCCUGGCUAGCACUGGUUAUCAAACUUUGCAUCAACUUUUUAGAGAGCUCCAGUGACAUCUGUCAGUGCAAAAAGAAGAGCACAGAGAUGGUAGAAGACCUCAUGGAUGGCAGCAAAACUAAUAUAACAGGACUUCAUAAUUUGGAGAUCUGCAAUCACAAAGACACAAAAGCAAAAGGACUGGAUGAAUCUCACAGCUACCCAGCUCCUAAAGAAGCACAGUAG